AUGUUUGGGAAUCUUUUCGAGGAGGAGGAGGAAGGUUUCGCUUCCACUUCCUCCAGGGGGAGAACUGCAAAGGGGGGAGGCGAGCCACCUCCUCCCCGAGGAAGAAGCAAUCUGUGCGGCAUCAAGAACCAGGGGGGGACCUGCUACCUCAACUCGCUGCUCCAGACCCUGCUGUUCACCCCAGAGUUCAGAGAGGAGCUGUUCAGGUUGGGGCCAGAGGAAUUAGGAUACCUGGAAGACAAAGACAAACCAGGGGCCAAAGUCAGAGUGAUUCCACUGGAGCUGCAGAGACUGUUUGCCAGUCUGCUGCUGGUGAAUCAACUGAGCGCCUCCACUGCUGACCUCACUGACAGUUUUGGCUGGAACAGCAGUGAGGGAACCAAUCAGCACGAUGUACAGGAACUGAACAGGAUUUUGUUCAGUGCAUUGGAGCACUCUCUUGUGGGCACCACUGGUAGUACAUUUAUACACCGGCUGUAUCAUGGGACCAUUGUCAACAGCAUUGUCUGCAAGGAGUGCGGUAACGUCAGCCAGAGACAGGAGGACUUCCUGGACCUGACGUUGUGUGUUUGUGGCGUGUCUAGCCUGGAGGAGGCUUUGUGGAACAUGUUUGUGGAGGAGGAGUUGUUUGAGGGCAAUAACCUUUACCGCUGUGCACAGUGUGACAGGCUGGUCACUGCUGCUAAGUCUGCCAAGCUGAGCAAGCUCCCUCCGUUCAUGACCAUGUCUUUGCUGAGAUUCAGCUUUGACUUUGCCAAAUGUGAGCGAUACAAGGAGACGGGACGCUACAGUUUCCCCUUCACCAUCAACCUACGGCCAUUUUGUGAACAGACUGGUGCAGAGGACUCUGAUUACUCCUACGAGCUGUUCUCUGUCAUUAUCCACAAGGGCGGCUGCUAUGGUGGCCAUUACCAUGUUUAUAUCAGGGAUAUUGACCAGCUCGGCCACUGGGAGCCCCCGGAUGAGGAAUGCAAAUCUAAGAUUCAGAAGAAGCUCAAGCGGGAGGUCAAAGAAGUGUGUGAGCCAAAACUAAAAGAAGAUGACCCUUUGUCUGUCCUCACCGCUAUUAUUGCCCAAGAGCCAUCAAAGAGUGUCCUGUUGGACCAGCUGGGACAGAAACUCAUGGAUAAGAUUGGUUCAUCCUGGAGCAAAAAGUUCAGAAAACAAUAUGGUCCCAUAGGAAAGUUCUUACAGUCCCACAAUGACGUUUUCAUGUUGGUGUCCCAUGGUACUCGAGUGGCACUGAAGGCAAACCCGCCAAGCCCUGGGACUGAGCCUCCCAGCCCAGCAGAGCAGACCACUAACUCUGAUCCUAGGACACUUUCAGACCCUGAAGCAGCUGAACAACAGCAAGAGCCUGAACAAGAGCAGGGUAGCCACUGGUUUGACCUUAACGACUCCACGGUGACCUCCAUCAGGGAGUCUGACAUAGAGAAGCAGUUCCAGGGCAAAGAAAGUGCAUACAUGCUGUUCUAUAGAAAAACACAGCUGCACAGGCCCAGUGAAGCUCUGAACAAUCCUCAAUAUAAAGUUCCUCUUCACCUCAUCCAGAUGGCUCAGGAGGAGAACGUCAAACUGCAGCAAAUGCGUGAAGAGUUUGAAGCCACAAAUAACACUGUGGAGCUGCGUCUCCACCUGGCAACCAGUUACAGGCUAGAAAAUGGAGCCCUGCAACCGAUCAGCAAAGAGCAGAACGGGAGCACUACUCUGAAUUUCGACCGUAGAAAGACUGUGGGAGAUCUUCGAUUAGCUAUUUAUCAGAUGCAGGAACUCUGGGAAGGGGAUAUGGCUCUGACUGUGGCCAAGAGUCUUCCUGCAGGUCUACACCUCUACAAUACUGUUACAGAUGACAGUGUCUCCCUGUACAGUGCAGGCAUUCUUACAAACUCUGACCUGUUUGUGUGGAAUGGCAGAGAGGUGUGUGGUGCGCCUGUCCUAACUGGAGCCGAGUGGGAGCCAGUGCUGCUGACUGUAGUCCGUCCUGUUUUGGCGGAAGAUGGGGAUCAGGAGGUGGAGGAUGGGCUGGAAUGUGAGGAGCGAAAGGGAAGUUUUGAAAAUGGGGCGCCGGGACUUAAAAGGGAGGCGCGAGGUUUUGCAGGUGGUUCGACUCUUGGGGAAGUGAGGGAGGCACUGGGGGAGCCUAAGGAGAGUCUUCUGUGCCAGGAACAUAAGGGAGGAAAGAGAGGAGAGCAGGGGGCAGGAGAGGGAGGAGGGGCAAGCGGAUGGAGGUUGUUUCCUCCCGAUGACAUGCAGCGGACGCUAAAGGAGUUGUCGUUAAGAGAUGGAGAUGCACUGCUGGUUCUGGAGCCACAGUCGUUCGACAGCAGCAUUUUCACUCUGAACGGAGACGUCGUCACUGUGACUACACCGUCUGACUGCCGCUGGCUCCAGGUAGAGUUUCAACCACAUGAAGGAGGAGGAGGAGAGAAAGAAGAGGAGAGGAGGAAGAUGAAGGUUCCAGCUACAGGAAAUAUGCUGCUGUGUGAGGUGAAACAGAGGGCCAUAGAGGAGCUGCAGCUACAGGAGCAAUUUCCAGGUGCACACUUCUGUCUGAGACAGGUGGACUGCACAGGGAAACUCCUUCCUCCAGUGUGUGAGGAGCUGAGUGUUCGGGAUGCAGGGGUGCGACUCAUGACCACACUGACACUCUGUCCGGGAAAUGCCCCCAAGGCAUCACAGCUUUUCUUGCACUUCUCUGUGGGCACAGCACCCUCUGCUGGCAUGGAGAUGGACAUAAUUGUGGAGAAUUCUUGUACUGUCAAAGAGUGUCUAAAGUCAAUGCUGGAUUUUGUUGGACUUAAUGGCACCUGCUGGCACUUGAGAAGGCUGGAUUGGUGUGAAGAGGUUGGAGAGCCACUUAUGGAUGAGGAUGCUUCUCUGUCAGAGCUGAAGAUAAGCAAUGGAGACACGUUAGUUGUCACAGAAGGACAGCUUCCUCCUAAGGGUUUUCUCAAGCUGUCUGUGUGGCUGCAUCUGGAUCCCAGAAAUGACUCAGCAGUUUCCAUGGAAACUCAUUUUAAUCAAACUGAAAACAGCCACACUGAGGAGCAGAUGCUGGAGGUUGUGACUGGAGGUGAAACGCUCAGUCAUUCUCCUUCUCUGCGUGCCGGCAACAUGGCAGAACUGAGAAGUGUUGGACAAGUGGAGAUAUCGGACGAGGCCACCCUGGAGGAUCUGAAGACUCAGGUGAUGACGCUGCCUGCCCUUCAGGACAUGUGUUUGCCAACCACUGCGUUCAUGCGUGUGUGGCAGCUUGAGGGUCAGAGGCUAGCACGUAUCCUCAGAGGACAACAACUCACACUCAGGAAAUUGAAGCUGACCAGUGGUACCGACCUUUGUGUGCAACAGCUGCUAAAAGAGGAAGAUCUAGGACCUAAGGAGGUGUUGCUGAAUGUUAAAAUGAGAGUACCAGGGGAAAGGUGUUACUACCCCCCAGAGGAGCUGGUUUGGGACGCAUCCCGGGACUCUUCUCCUCGCUCUCUACGAACUUGUUUGGCUGCACAUUACGGCCUCUCCCCUGAUUCUCUGCUCUUGGCCAAACACCAGCCAGACAAACACACCUGGGAAGAAAUCUCAAACUGGAGCCAGCAGGUUUCCAAAAAGAAAAAGAAGAAAAAAGCAGAAUCACUACUGGGAGCACCAUUUCACCUCAAGGAUGGCGACACAAUCGGCAUCAAGAAUCUUUUGAUUGACAACAACAGGGAGUUCCUCACCCUGGAGGAUGAGCAGGGCCAGCGGAUGCUCAGAGAGCAGGCAGAGCAACGCAGGAAAGGAGGGCAGUCAGCAGGCUCUGAUGGUGUUGGACCACAGAAGAAGACUGGACCAACCAAAUCCAGGAAACCAGAGGUGGCGUUGUCAAUCAAUGUUGGGGAAUUCAGAUAGCACACUGAUUGCAUGAAUGCAUGGACAAAUCAGAACUACAUAUAAAACCACAUGCUAUGAUGCCACAUUGCAGGACACUCCACUUGACAUUAGUCCUGUGCUUUUUCUUUUUUUUUUUUUUUUUUUCUUAAAACUGUAUUUCUCCACAAAUCUUUCAAAUCCAUCUAAAAUCUAAUUCUAAAUUAAUCACCUGUUUGAUUUGUUGACUAGAAGAAAAGGAAAUUUAUUUUGCCAAGUUAUCUAUUACAAACAACAAACAUGACCUUUAUUUUAUUCAGUUGCUGCUUUUUUUUUUUUCAUUUUCUGAGGGAUAUUUGAAGACCUAUAGAUUUUUUUUAUUUUAUUAUUUAUUUUUUUCUGCAUGGAUCAAUUUGUAACCUUAUACAGCAAGAAUCAGCCCAGAGAAAACGGUUUGUACUUACUAUUACAGGCUUACAGUUAGAUACUGAAACUUGUGCUAACUGGAAUUUCUAUGUCAAAUAGAGUUUUGUAUAAACAAUCAGGGUGAAAAAUGUAAACUUGUAGCCAGUGGCUUUUAACUUUUAACUGACUUUAAUAAGUUGUCCAUUGCAACAAACAACUAUAGUAGAAAAUCAACCAUUAUUAGGUCUCGUCAUUGCUCAUUAGGCAACUUGUUUUAAGUGAUGCUCAAUUUUAUGAUAAAUCUGUCACUGUGCGCGGAGAACAAAAACGUUUAUGUGGAUCCUGAGCUUGUUUUAAGUUGAUAAGAGAGAGGUUAGAUAGGCCUUAAUUUGGAGAAGCCUCUGUGCUGCUCUGUCCUCCCUACCUCACACUCUACCUCUCUCAUUCUACCUCUGCUUUCCCUGUUGGCAAUUCUUGCUGUAAUUCAUAAUUACCGCAAACUGUUCAAGCCCCUGUCCUCUAAGAGUCAACUACGGUUAAAAAAGUAUUUCAGUGACACAUAGUUGCAAUUUCCACUUAAGGUGUGACAUGACAAAUCGACACAUCAAAAAUUGUUUACUUCCAGUCAUGUUCUGUAAAUGGUUAAAUAACUGCAUAAUUGUCUUUUAUAGGACAUUAUUCAACCUCUUUAGAUCUGACUGUCUUUGCUUUUACUUAAAUCUGUCAUUUCACAUUCAAAAGGAAUAAGUGGAGCCAAACGGCAUUGUGUUACAACCAUUUAUGCCGCCAGAUGAAUUUGCCGCUCUAGAAAUAUAAUGUAAGAGAGCACAUUCAAAUCCUUUAUGUCACGAAUCUUAUUGAUUAUUGCUUCUUGGGUUUUCCUUGUGGAACAUUUAAUGUUUCAGUUGCAUGCACUAUAUGUGACCUUCAGGGAAGUAAAAAUGUUUAUACUGUAUGUAAUGUGAUGUGUUAUGGGAGAAAUUUGAUUUUGUUAUAAAAGUUUAUUUCAUGUAAUAAUCUGGCCUUGACCAGUGCCAACAUUUUGCAGGAAAACUGUUUGAUUAUAUACUCAACAAUAGUGAAGUUUCUUUUUGUAUCACUUGCUAGUGUUAUUGAUUACAGCUUUAGGUUAGUUAUUGGUAGAGAUUGGUCCUACUGUAUUAUGACAGUGGACAUCUGUUUGUAAUCCUGUCAGAUUGUAUAUGCAGGAAGUAUUUUAUCAGCAAUAAAAGUGUACAAUAGUC